AUGUCUGCUAUCUCGGUCUUGAGAUUUGGCACCGCCAUCUUGCGAUACUCAGAAAGGCGACCUGAAAGGAUUCCCGGCACCAACUCAUCCUUCAUGCUUGAUGUUUUUGCAAGUUCGGCUGACACCAUGGACCCGUUGACACUUGGUCUUUCGAACCACGAGACCAGACGGGUUGGAAGAAGAUCCUUGACUGCGCAGCUUGACGCUAUCCUGACAAUUCUUGAACCCGAUGGACAGUUUCUGCCUACAUCGACGAAUCUCCAAGACGGCAAUCUGGCUUUUAUCGGAGGUCAAUUCGAACAAGCUGUCUAA